AUGUCAGGCAUCGUCUCCUCGCCCACCGCCCUGCACCCCGCCCUCAGUAAUCCGAAUCCGCUCCCGCCGGCGCCGGCGCCAUUGCAACAGGCCCAGCAGCAGCCGUCAUACUGUUCCCCUUCCGAACGAGUUAUUAAAACGGGUUCGCUCUCCGACCGUCCCAAAAGCUCAAAUGCCGCUCACGACCGACCUCUCUCUUCUUCAUCUACUUCCGUCUCGACGUCCGCCCUUCCCGCCCUGUCACUUUUUCGCAAUGCAGAAGCGGUAGCAGAGGUCCCAUAUUCUUGUGCCCCAGGCGGACCCCCCGCUGCUGCACCCACGUCAACCUAUGCACCCUCGUCGACGAUAAGGAGAAGCUCACUCUCAAUAACAUCCACCGCCGCCUACCCCGAGCUGCUGCCGCCCCCUCUAUCGAGGUCGUCCAACGCCAACAACGCCGCCCAUCACCCUCCCAAGGGUCACCGUCGCGCUCCCUCGCACGAAGUUCCUCGCCAGACUAUUAUGAAAGCGCUGGCUUCGGUCGUUCGCGGAAACAAACCCGAAGCCCUUUCCCUAACCGGCAUGCUUUCCCAACAGGGUGGUAGCGUCGACAACCGACCCGCUACCUCCUCGUCUCAGAAGCUGGCCGACGCCCUCAACGAGCUCGCCAGCCGGAACAUGACCCCCACCACCGCUCUGCCGUCUCUGCAGUCUCCCUGCUUCUACCACAACCGUUUCGACGAUGCCGUUAAUAUCGACAAAGUCCUUGAGGAGAUCAAGAACGACGACUGCAUGUCUCACUCAAGACUGGUGCAGACCGCCACCGGCGUCCGUGAGGUUUCCAAGCAGCUCCAGCGCCGCCCCAUCAAGCGAGCCGUACGCAACGUCAUGAUUGUUACCAAGGCUCGCGAUAAUCAGCUAGUCUAUCUGACCCGGGAACUCGCUACCUGGCUGCUUCGCACCCCGAGGUACGGCUCCGAAGUUGGCGUCAACGUCUUCGUUGACGCCAAGCUGCGCAACUCUCGUCGUUUUGAUGCCGGCGCCAUCCUCGCCGAGAACCCUGCUUUUCAGGACAUGCUUAAGUACUGGACACCCGACCUGUGCUGGACCCAGCCCGAGAAAUUUGAUCUUGUCCUAACACUCGGCGGCGACGGAACCGUGCUCUUUACUUCGUGGCUCUUCCAGCGCAUUGUUCCUCCCGUCCUGUCCUUCAGCCUGGGCAGUCUCGGUUUCCUGACGAGCUUCGAGUUUGAGAGAUACAAGCAGCAUCUGGACCGCAUUAUGGGGGAGGAGGGCAUGCGCGUGAACCUGCGCAUGCGCUUCACCUGCACUGUCUACCGGUAUGGCACCUUGGGCCAGGAGGCCGAAGAGGGCGAGCAGUUCGAGGUCCUGAACGAGCUCGUCAUUGACCGUGGUCCAUCCCCUUAUGUCUCGAACCUGGAGCUCUACGGCGACGACGAGCUCCUCACCGUGGUGCAGGCCGAUGGCUGCAUCUUUUCAACCCCCACAGGAUCCACCGCCUACUCUCUCUCGGCCGGGGGCUCUCUGGUGCACCCAGAUAUUCCCGCCAUUCUAUUGACGCCAAUCUGCCCGCACACCCUAUCGUUCCGCCCCAUGGUUCUUUCCGACACGAUGCUCCUCCGCGUAUCGGUACCGCGCAACUCACGCGCGACGGCAUACUGCGCCUUCGACGGCAAGGGCCGGGUCGAGCUGAGGCAGGGCGACUAUGUCACCAUCACGGCUUCACAGUACCCCUUCCCUACCGUUGUUCGCACCCAGACGGAGUGGUUCGACAGCGUGUCGCGCACACUUCGCUGGAACACGCGCGCUGCGACGCAGAAAGGCUUUGACCCCUCGGCCGAUGGUAGUCUUUGCCCGUCGGAGGACGGCAAGGACGAGGAUCCGGAAUGGGACAUCGACACAGACUCAGCGUGCUACGCCAGCGAGGACGGCAGCAUCAGCGCGAGCCCGUUGCGAAGACAGAUGAGUCUGUUGGGCAUGUGA